GGAGGAAAAUCAGGAACGAAAGGACUAGUUUUCCGAGAGCCAAGAAAAUUUAUUCUUGUUAAGGAAAAGCGUAAAGUUAGUGUUUCGUUGUUGCAAGAAGGAAGUCGAUACUUUGACCAAUUUGCAAGCUGCGGUCAUUUUCAUCGUUUUAACGAUUAAUAUAUUUUUUUCCUAUUUAAAUGCACAUCUUGUUGCAUUUGAAGACAAAUCACAAGGCUGACGAGCAUCACUCAAGCUAGUUGGUGCUGAAGUUAGACCGCGAACGGAUGUGAGGAAAGGGUGCACUGAGACUCAACCCCCUUUUUCUUUCUCUCCCUGUUUCUUUUUUGUUCGGUUAAACAAUAGGGAGAGCGAGUCAGAGACAGUGAACCUGCUUUCAUGCCGUCAGUCUUGCAGACUCUGAGAUGGACGUGAGAUUUUAUCCAGCACCGCCUUCAAGCGUGGGUUCAUGUUCUUUACCAACUGAUCCAAGUUGCCUGAGCUCGUUGGACUAUUACCACUGCAAUAAGAGCAGAUACAGCGCAGGCGAGCGCGGUGUUAGGCUCCUGCAGGGCGCGCUGCCGAUGGGCCCCAACCCUGACGGGAAACGACUGCUUUCUGCUGGGUUUGAUGGUGACAACAUGUACAUGAAUGAAAAUAACCAGGACUUUCUUUCACCAAAUCAGAACUACGCCGGCCAGGGUGCAGGCAACGGAAACGCCGGAGGCGACGAAGACUACGAGAUCCCCCCCAUCACCCCGCCCAACCACCCGGACCCCUCCUUGCUCCACCUGAUGGACCCCGAGUCGGGCUACCUCUGCCACUCUCUGCCACACAACGGCUUGAUCAACCCGUAUUCUUACCCGGAGCUGCCGGCCAUCAUGAUGUCCAACAUGCUGGGCCAGGAGGGCCACCUGCUCUCCGGGCAGAUGCACUCGAUCCAGGAGAUGGCUCACCCAGACGGCCCACAUUAUGACUCCGCCCAUCAGGGCCCCCCGAUAAACCGAUCACCUAGGAUACUGUCCCAUCACAUGAGCGCUCUGUCCCAGCUGCACUCUCAGGUGGGCCUGCGAAGUGCCCUUACCCACGGUUCCCCCUCACCUCCGGGAAGUAAAUCAGCCACGCCCUCCCCCUCCGGCUCCGCCCAGGAAGAGGAAACUGAUUCCCAUUCCAAGAUUGCAGGGGAGAAGCGGCCCUCAUCGGAGAUGAUGAAGAAGCCCAAGCCCCAGAAGAAGAAGAAGAAAAAGGACCCCAACGAGCCCCAGAAGCCUGUCUCUGCCUAUGCGCUCUUCUUCAGGGACACCCAGGCUGCCAUCAAGGGCCAGAACCCCAACGCCACCUUCGGGGACGUCUCCAAGAUCGUGGCUUCCAUGUGGGACAGCCUUGGGGAGGAACAGAAGCAGGCCUACAAGAGGAAGACGGAGGCUGCCAAGAAGGAGUACCUGAAAGCCCUGGCCGCGUACCGAGCGAGUCUGGUUUCCAAGAACUAUAAUGACCCAGUGGAGACUAAGAGUGCCCAAACCAGCCAGCCGUCACACAUGAUGCCGCCGAAGCAGCCCCUGUACAGCGUGCCCCCGCAGGCCUCUUCACCGUACCUGGGCCCGGGGUCCUUCCCCCUGUCCGACCUGCAGAGCUUCGCCGGGCCCCCGCGCCACAGCCUCUCCCGGACCCUCAGCCAAUCACAGAUGCUGCCCAGCAUGAGUGCCUCCCCGCCCUCCUCCUUCCAGAUCAGCCCGCCCCUGCACCAGCAGCUCUCCCUGCACCAGAGCUCCCUCCUCAACCAGCCAAUCCGCAUGCAGCAGGUGCAGUCGCAGCCAAUCAUUUCCCACCAGAUGGGGCUCCAACCUUCUCUUCACUCACCUCCUCCUGGCCAGCAGGGAUUCCCUCACAUUCAGUCUGAGUACCAGAACAGCGUCAGCUCGCAGUCUCCGGGGGCACCCAACCCAGUAAGCGGACAGAAUCCCGACUGGGACGGUGAAUACUGCAAUCGGGAGUGUGGAGGCAACCUCUGCAGCAGUGUGAUAGGACGGGACAAGCCACUCUACCUCACUUGAAGCUGGAGAACCUUGAAAAUAAAGGACACCAGGGAGCCCUCAAACACCACCAUUUUAUCUUCUGUUUUUCGAUAUUUCUCUUUUUUUCUUCUGUGGAACGAUUUCACGCAAGUCCUGAAGACUACUAGGGAUCCUUUUUUUGCCAAGCACUUAAAAUAUACAGGGUUUGCCCAGAGCCUGAUACAUCUUUAGGUUAAAAAAAAAGAAAAUGUGGGUCACCUUUUGGGGGUCGUUCAGCUUUAAUAUGUGAAGACAAAAAAAAAAAUCUCUCCUUGACUGCAUUUAAUUUGAUUUGUUUUAUUAUUUUAUUUAUUUCUUGCUUGCCACAAGCUUUGCCAUGGACCCUGUAGGGAAGUGCUUUGGUCGACACAUGCCUUGAUAAUGUUCGGUAGAGGAUAAAACUGUAAUUAUGACUUCUCUAGGAGUAGCAGGUCGGAGAGUUUCAGCAGAGAAUGGAACCCGAACAGCAAACAAAACAAGAUAUGAAGCAUAAACUUUUUUUGUAUCAUAGAAGACCUGUUAAGGCCGAUCUCUCACAGCGUGAUUGUAAAUAUCACUUUUAUGGCAUUGAAUUGAGCGUCUCAAGCCCAGAUGUGUUUUUCCCCCUUCUUUUUCCAUUUUCGUACUAGCUGUAAUUCCUCGAUUUUUAUUUUUUAAAAAGAAUUUUGUGUUUUGUGAAUUUGAACGAUUUCGCGCAAGGCAGUUUCAGUGAAGGAUUUCACAUUCUAAAUCUUGCAUUAAAACUGUUCACUGGUGUGUGUAUGUGUGUGCAUGUGUGUGUGUGUGUGUGUGUGUGCGUGUGUGUGUGUGUGCGUGUGUGUGCGUGUGGGUGUUUUUCCCCAGUAAAGAGAAAUACAAAGACUAUUAAGGCCUAGUGUCCCAACAGUCAUAAAGGAUCCAUGAAAAAAGAAUCUCACCUUAUUGGUCAGACUGCCUGGCUAGGCAGAUCUAUGAAGAACCCAGUCGAUGCUCCGUUGGUUUAUUUCCUGGUAUGAUUGACUCUUGGUCCCCAAUACAACUUGUACAGGUGAAUAAUAAAAAAAUGCUAAAUGUGAAAUGUUACUAAAGAUAAACAUAACAGUGGGUUUAUAGUUUGAGUAGAUUUACUAGGUGUUUUAGAAUUGUGUUGAACUCAUCUUUAUAAUUUUUUGUGAAGAAAAAAUAAUAAUAAUGCAUUUAAUUUCUAAAGGCAUACAUUUUGCUAUUCAUUGUAGCACACUUGCGUUUUUAGAGAGCAGAGGUUGGGGGGUGGGGGGAAUCUUUCAGUUGUGUACAAACCUGCCAAAUGUUUCUUCUUUUAUUUGUAA